UCCCACUGCUCCUUCUUCAGCUCCCUUUAUCGAGUCUUUCUUGUUCCUCCAUCACAUUUUUGCAAUCCCCAAAUCGCCGUCUUUUCACUCAUACUUAUAUAUAUAUAUACACACACUCCAUCUUUAAACCUCACUUCUUGCAUCUACUAAUCACAUUUUUGCAAUCCCCAAAUCGCCGUCUUUUCAUUCAUACUUAUAUAUAUACACAGUCCAUCUUUAAACCUCACUUCUUGCAUCUACUAAUCACUAGAAUAAAAUUAAACCAUUUUUUUCUGCUUUAUGGAAGACCCAAUUGAUCAAUCGAAACAAGAAACAGACCAUUUAAUGGAUGGUACGAGAAGCAUCAUAUUCGGGAAGUACGAGAUGGGGAGGUUAUUAGGCCAAGGAACAUUUGCCAAGGUUUAUUACGGCAGAGAUAUCAAAACCUCAGAGAGCGUAGCGAUUAAAGUAAUCAACAAAGAUCAUGUUAAAAGAGAAGGGAUGAUGGAGCAAAUCAUUAGAGAAAUUUCUAUUAUGCGAUUAGUUCGACACCCAAACAUUGUGGAAAUCAAAGAAGUCAUGGCUACAAAACAAAAAAUCUUUUUUGUAAUGGAAUAUGUUAAAGGGGGUGAGCUUUUCGCUAAAGUAUCUCAUGGGAAACUUAAGGAAGAUGUGGCAAGAAAAUACUUUCAGCAAUUGAUAAGCGCUGUUGAUUUCUGCCAUAGCCGCGGUGUAUUUCACCGUGAUUUGAAGCCUGAAAAUUUACUUCUUGAUGAAAAUGAAAACUUGAAGGUUUCAGAUUUUGGAUUAUCAGCUUUGUCUGAGCAAUUAUGGAGUGAUGGUUUGCUUCAUACACAGUGUGGAACUCCAGCUUAUGUUGCCCCUGAAGUGUUAAGGAAAAAAGGGUAUGAUGGAGCUAAAUCUGAUAUUUGGUCUUGUGGGGUGAUUUUAUAUGUUCUUUUAGCUGGAUUUUUACCAUUUAAACAUGAGAAUUUGAUGAAGAUGUACAGGAAAGUUUUCAAAGGUGAGUAUGAAUUUCCUCCCUGGUUCUCCCCUGAAGCCAAGAAACUGAUUUCAAAGCUUCUUGUAGCUGAUCCAGAAAAAAGAAUUGCAAUUUCUGCUGUAACAAGAGUGCCUUGGUUUCUUAAAGAAUUUAGUAGAUCAUCUUCUUUUUCUUCAAUUGAAGAAAAUAGUACUGAUCGGAAACAGGAGAGUAAAGAACCAAACUUGGAAAGUAGAUCAAAAUCAGUUCCCCCUUUUUACAAUGCAUUUGAAUUCAUAUCAGCUAUGUCUUCGGGGUUCGAUUUGUCAAGCCUUUUUGAGGGUAAGAGGAAAUCUGGUUCACUGUUCACAUCGAAAUGCUCUGCCUCAAUGAUCAUGUCAAAGCUGGAAUCUUUAGCCAAGAAGGUGAAUUUUCAGAUUGUAUCUGCUAAGGAAUUCAAGCUGAAGAUGCAAGGAUCGUCAGAGGGGCGAAAAGGGAAAUUGUCAGUGAUGGCUGAAGUGUUUGAAGUUGCACCAGAAGUGGCUAUUGUUGAGUUCUCCAAAUCUGCUGGAGACACCUUAGAGUAUAAGAAAUUUUGUGAGGAAGAUGUACGGCCUUCACUUAAUGAUAUUGUUUGGACAUGGCAAGGUGAGAACAACAGCCCAGAUUAAACUGUAAUGCUAGUUACUCCCAUGUAAAAUAUAGGUACUUGUUGGAGUUAACUAUAUUGCUUUACUUUAUCACAGUUCUACCCAAUUUUGUUUAAUAUUAUGGUGAAUUAAUUGCAUUUUGUUUGGUUAGUGAUUUGUAAAUACUUUGUAAGUUAUACGUGUAUUUUAAUCUCACUGGGGUAUGUAUAAAAUACUUCAGUCGGCUGGCUAGCGUAGAGGCAAAUCAAGAAUCUAAUAUUAGUGUAUUAAGUAUGAUUUUUGUUCAAUUUGUUGUAUGAUAUUUAUAUGUUCUAAUCUUA